CCACACCCACACCCAAAUCUCAAUGAGUACAUAAUAUGAUAUAGUGACUUAUUUUUCAUCAUCGAAUCAAACACAUGUAUUUACACCGACUGAUAUUAGUUAAUUUGAUAUGUAAAUGAAGAAAAAAAAAUUUAAUUGUGAUUUAAGUAUUUUCAAAGUUUAUGUUAUAAUUUUUUGUUUAGAGCGAAAUGUACAGUUAUUGUUCGUUUACUAAAUUUUAUUACAGCAUUUUGGUCUAAAUAUCCACAAGAUACAAUGCGAUCUAUUGAUAGUUUAUUUUAUAAUAAUGAUUUAACAAAAUUAAUUUUAACUUGUGUAUUUAAUCCAACACAAUUAGGAUUUGAUAUAAAUAAUGAAGAAAUUAAUAAGAAAUUACCUGAAAGAAUUCUUACUUUACUUAAAUCAAUGACAAUUCAUCUACCUGAUCAAUUAUUACAACCAUUCUAUGAUAUUGCAUUAGAAAUGACAAAAACUGAUGGACUUUACAAUUUAACUAAAGAAUUAAAUCAAAAUCCAAUUCAUUGGUCAUUAAUAUUUACCAUAACUCGUGGACAUCGUCUUUUACAUGAUGUUCGAUUACUACCUAAACCGAAUCAACCUGAAGAAUGUGCAAAAGAAUUAUGGACAACAAUGCUAUCGAAAAUGAUUACUCAUGAAGAAAAUUUCGAUAAAGCAAAUCUUGUUUUAAAUGUCGAUACUCAACGUGGUUUACAAUCUCUAUUUGAUUAUAUUAUUUAUUUAGGCAUUAAGCCAAAUGAAGUUUUACCAUAUUUUUUUCAAUCAAAUCGUAUACAUACAGAUUCUGGUAUGACAACAAUGGGUACAUAUUUAUUAACAUUAUUUAAACAUCAAAUAACAAGUUGGCUUGGUAUAACACCACAUUUUAUAAUUGAUAAUGUUGGUGAAAUAAAUUCUGUUGAACAAUGUCGUCCAAUUGUUGCAUUUUUAAGUACUGUUCUUGAUUUAUGUAGUCGUGAAAAAGAUAUUCGUCAACAAUAUGGUCGACAAUUUAUUCAUGGUAUAUAUACAUGUUGGCCACAAUUUUCUUCACUUUAUUAUUC